AUGAAUAGACAUCACAAUAGCGUAUCCAUGACGGGUAACGGUACAAAUACUAACGGGGAACAACAGCGAUUCCCCAUAGAGGUCGCCUCUAUGUUCUACACAGGUCUCAAUGAACCCAAACCGACAUGUAUGGAUUUUUCUUUAGAAGGCCUUUCAUUCAUCUCAUCCCACAACGAUGACGCGCUGCGUUUGAUCGACGUAGCAUCUUUAAACCACACCGAAACCAUUCAAUGCGAGCAUUUUGGUAUCCACUCGGUGCGCUAUACCCAAUCAGAAAGCGUCGUGUGCGUCGCCCCGCGUCUUCCCCUUGAUGGUCAUCUGCACCUUUUGAAUCUGGAGACAGCGCAGUUCUUCGGGGAGAUGGCAUACCUCAACGAGCUGGAUAGCGAGAUCCACCCCUACCCGAACACGCCUGUGUAUUCGACCAUCUCGCAGUGCCCCGCCACUGACGUGCUCGGGGCGGUGGUGACGACCAAAGGUAGACUUGCCCUUUUUCACCCCCUGAUCUCGGGUGCCAUCGCCGCCUCAGGCGAAAAGGCGGUGAUUGGAAGCAAGGUUGCCCUGUCAUUCAGCCACGAUGGCAAUCGCAUCAUUAUAGGCGAUGAUCGCCGCAUUAACUUGUUCGACCGGCGUGUUCUCUUCUCGACGCCAAUUGUUAGUCUAGAAAAUCAAAAGAUCUUCUCCUCUAGCCCAGAGCUAGCGCGGUGCAAGGGCGCUGAACACUGCAUUGAUCAGUCCCAUCUUCUGCUGACUUCCUCUUCGGGUGAAGUAGUCGUGUAUAACUGGAAGCUUGAUAGGAUUGUCUGCAGCUACUACCACGGUGACGCAAAGCGACACUUCGUCGGCUCCUCGGAUGCCAUUGGGGCGAAAUACAUUCACCCCAAUCUGCGGAACUCGAUCAUCGCACAGCCAACCUCAUCCAUGGUUGGUGGUAGACAUCUACUCGUGUAUGGUGGGUACGAGGGUAACGAAAGUGGAUCAAUAGGGGAAGAGGAGGUAAUCAAAGGUGACUUUCAAUCGGAGAUGAAGUCUGGACUGUUGCGCUAUGAGUUGCAGUCGAAAGACAGCGAUGUACCUAUCGCACUAGCAGUCAAUCCACGCUACAGCCUCGUUGUUACGGCAGCGCGGAGUCUAACAUGGUGGGCGUUUAACGAAUGA